UGUGUUAGAUGUUUCUGGAUUAAGCCAAAGAUUUUUCAACACAUUAUGGGCAGUCUGCCAGCUGAUCGAGUCCGGUCCAGCUCAUCUUUUCACACCACAGGAAUCGACUUUUGUGGACCCAUUUUUUUUGCAAAGCUGAGGCUCGAAACAAGCAACCGCACAAAUGCUAUAUUUAGAUUUACAUCUGCUUCUCAACUAAGACCGCUCAUUUGGAAAUUGUUCAUUACUUAUCAACCAAAAAAUGAACUUGCAGAACUAAAGGAAUUGUUCAAGAGUGAACCCAGUAUGUCGAACAUAACUGCAACUUGUCUCUCCGAGGGUAUCGACAGUAAGUUUAUUCCUCCCCGUUCACCCCACUUCGGCGGACUAUGGGAAGCGGCCGUCAAUGCAGCGAAAUUUAAUUUCUACAGAGUUGUCGGUCCCACAAUCUUGACAUUCGAUGAACUCCGAACUCUUGUCUACGAAAUAUCUGCGAUUCUUAAUUCUCGUCCACUUUGUCCAAUUUCAGAAGACCCGAAUAAUUUGGAAGUGCUCACACCGGCGCACUUUCUAAAAGGUUCGAGCUUCAAUUCGUUUCCGGAGCCAGACGUAACUCAUCUCAAGGCUGCUCGUCUCAAUCGAUGGCAACAAUUGAUCCAGAUGCAGAAAAACUUCUGGAGGAAAUGGAGCAUAGAGUAUUUGUCCUCGUUGCAAGAGAGGAGCAAGUGGAAAUCUAGCUAUUCUUAUAAUUAGGCAUGCAAUUUGACGAG